AUGUCGCGGGACCUGCGGACACGUGUACGCGCCUGCGCGCUGGAGGGCAACACGCCCCUCGAGAGGAAGAGCCUUCAGGAGAUCCAUGGCAUCUUGCAGAAGACUCGCGCAGAGGUGGAAACCAAGAAGACGGAGCUUCGGGAGUUGGUGGGGGAUCAUUACCGCAGCGUGCUGGAGAGCUCCGACCACAUCCGGGCCAUGUCAGACUGUGCGGUGCAGGUAGCCCAGGGAGCUGAGAAGCUCGAGACAUUGAUCAGCGAUAUGCGCGAGCUUGCAGCCAAACCUCCACCAGGGGAGGUGAGCGAGGUGGACCCCGAGUUUGGCCUUUGUGAGCGGAUCAUGGAGCUCUUAGAACUGCCAGAGACAGUGCGUGGCCUGGUGGGGGACCAAAACUUCCUCCAGGCCGCGGACGUGGCCCUGGUGGAGGCGCCCAAGCUGCAGGCCGAGGUCGGGCAAGUCCAGAGCGAGGACCCACUGCCCGGGUUCGACCUGCAAGGCCUGAUUGCACAACAAGCAGCUGCUUACCGUUCCCUUCCUCGUCAGGUGGCGGGGGGGUGCCUGGACGCCUUCGGUGCCCCAGAGCUGACACCUGGCGCGGCAGCGGAAGCCUUUGUUGCUCAUUUGCUGCUGGAUGGCACCUCGCCAUCGCACCUUCUGCGGACUUUCGUGGAUUGCCGAUCCACGCUGCUGCGGGAUGUGCUGGAAAGUGUCGCGCUGGGGGAGGUGGGCCUGCAGCAGCUCUCAGCUGGGGCCAUGGCCUUCGAGGGCACCGUGGUGGUGGCCAGCGGCCUUUGCGGCGCCGGCACAGGCGGCGCGCCGCCGCUGAUCACCGGCGCGCUUGGACGGCUGGACACCUCCAAAGAGGUCCUGAAACAAAAGGCGGAGCAGGUGGCGUCCCUCUUCCGGGGCACGUCCAUGGCACAAGAGCUCGCCCCCUUGGGCUUGCAGUUUGUGAAGACCUGGGCGCCAGAGGCUGCCGGAGCCAAGAGCUUUGCUGGCCGCUUUGAGGCGCUCAUUGCCAGCCACAACUCCACAAGCUGCGCUCAACUAGGCGAGCUGCAGCGCCUCUUCCAACGGCGCUUGGACCACUUCCGCCAGGUCCUCGCGGAGUCCAUGGGCGGCGAUGCCCGCGAUUGGUCCGCGCUGUGGUCAGGAGCAUGUGGUCUCUUUUGCCCCGGGCGCGGCGUUUGCCAAGACUCCCUGAGCAUCCUGGGCCGCUGCGUGGAGGAGAGCUGCGCGCGGAUGGUGCGGGAGCGCUUGGGGGAGCUCAAGCUUCAGCUUCCAGGUGAAGACGCGGAGGAUGUUGCGGAGCUUCGAGGCCAGUGCCGCGCACGCAUUGCCCAGUUCGAUGAGCAGCUGGGCGUCCUGUUGGAUGAUGUGGGCCAAAUCUCCGAAGAGAUCCCAGGUUCCGUCACCCUUGCGCUGCUGCAAGGCUUGGAGCAGCUGCUCGCCGCCGCGUUGGAGAAGUUGGCAAAGCGCGAGGCGAUCUCGCAGAAGGACGCCCUGCAGGCAGCUCUUGCUGUGGAAGCCUUGCUGUCGUCAGCUGACUCGGACUGCAACGCUCCCACGCGAUUAGGCAGUGCCUUGAAGACAGCUGCGAGCGCUGGACCCGCUGCCGUGGCCAAGAAGGCCGCGAUUGCAGAACUCCUUCAGAGACGAGCAGAAGAGGUGCACUACACCUGGGCCAGGGCGGUGGUGGGGGCCAAUGAGCCGGUGGCCUCCCUGGGCUCCUUCUGGAAAUUGGCCGAUGACGAGGUGGGUCCUUGCUGUGGCUGGGGCAGCGCCAAGUUCCCCGCCAAAGAGGGCGAGGGGAAGUCCGUCGCUGUCCCCAUCCAAUCUUCCCCCUUCGUUUUCGAGCGCCUCUGCCUGGCCGCGCAAAGCCUUGCCUCUGCGCAGCUCCAAGGCAGCGCCGUGGCCGCUGCUCUGAAGGCAGCAUUGGCGGAGUGCUUUGCGGCAGCCUAUGAGGAUAGACCAGCUGACCUUGGGCGCCUGAAGCGGUCAGGAAUGUCGCACCUGCUGCAGUGGCUUUUCGAUUUGAACUUUUUGCGCAUCACCCUCUCCGCGGCAGCCGUCGCUGGAUCCAAACCCUUGGAGCACCUCAGAGACCUCCUCGCGCAGGGGGAAGCAGUGGCUUUCUCUGACCCUGUGGAUCGGCUGCUGUACCAGGAUCUACUGAAGGCAUCAGUCAACAACCACGUGCAAGAGACCAAAGUGUUGCUUGCUCCCUUCUUCCUGCAGAAUCCGCUCUACGGGUUCCUCUCGCAAGCGCCGGUGACGAGAUCCAACAGCAAGGGCAUCAAUGCAGGCGAGAACGAAGGCUUCGAGUUGCAAGUGAGCUUUACCGCACCAUUGCGACCUGUCCUGCCGCGGUUCCCCCUGCUACCUGUGGCCAUGAACGUCAAUGCCAUGUCCGACCUUGACAGGCGGCUGGAGCCGCGCAAGGCCGCUGAGCGCCCGCAGUCGCUGAUGCAGCAGGCGGGUGGCCUGGUAGGGGGCCUCGGCUCCCGCAUCGGCACCGGCUUCUUUGGCGCCAAGGGUGAGGUCUUGCAGCAGCGCAUGGAGGCAGGGCAAGGUCAGCUCCGGGCGGUGCAGACCUGCUGGGGCAGUCGCCACGACUUGUCGCCGCUCGAUCGGAGUGCGCGGGCUUUGAGGAGUGGCACCCCUGGCGCAAUCCUGCACAAAGGCUGCAGGAGGUUCCGCCAGCGUGGCGUGCGGCGAGGCAGGCCGUUGAGUGGCCUGUGCGAAGACGCGUCGCAGCACAUGGUGAUCCUGCACGUGAUGUCCCCUCGCCAGCGCGGAGAUGGCCCUGCGCUGCACCAGGUUCCCUGCGCGCCUUUGCUGCUGGUCCUAGGCCCCACAUCUGCCACCCAGGAGGCCCGUCGGCAGGUCUUGCGGCAGGGGUGGACAGAGUUGGCUCGGGCAGAAGGAGAGCAGGCUUCAGGUGGUCGCGAAGCAGCAGGCCUGGCUGGUCACUUCUUUGGCGUGAGAAGAGUGCCCAACUUCAUGGGCCAGAGGUGUUUUGCGUCAAUGGCCGGCGAAUGCAGCCAGUGA